AAAACAAAACAAACAAAACUUCCGCGAUAGAGAAUUUAUUGUAAAACUUGUUAAAAACCAUAAAUCGGAAGUGAAAAGUAUAAAAAUGACUAACCAAGAACGUGGUGUGCUCCGUAAAAUGGAGUUUCCCGACAUGGCACGAGAUGCUUUGCCCAUAAUCGAAAAUCUCAUUAUUAAUCGCAACAAGCACGAUAUGGCGAUGGAUCUGAUCAGCGAGUUUGUGUUCCGGGAACGUCGAGAUGAACAGCGAGCCACUCCACAAUUCCCCAAACUCCCGACGGGUCCGCGUUUGUCCUCGAUCGAGGUGUUUCAACUCGUGCUCGUGCUCUGCGAAUAUUUUGCACGUCCCGGUCCGGAUGCGACCCGGAAUGCGGUGUUUCUAUCGCUGUUCGGUGGCUCUAACACACGCACUAGCGUGCUGAACAAGCUGAUCAGCACGGCCGUUUCCGGUUCGAUCGCCCCGCUUUUGUGUGCGGCAGGAACUUGGAUGCAGCAGUUGGGUUGCACAUCUCCGGCAAGCCUGGAACUAGCGCAAUGUAUUGUGCGCGAUUUUGUAAUAUUUUCGAAGAAAUCCUCCGAACAAUUGAAGUCCCUGCCUUUGGUAGCGCCUCGGUUUGCCGCCAACCUGAUGACCGCCGUCUGCGAUCUGUACCUGAAUGGCGUUGGGAAAGAACAGUUGGAAGCACCGCCCGAUCUGCUACUGGAGGUGAUCACGGAAUGGGUAUCGGAGACGCCUUCGCUGUGUCUCGCUUCCCAGCAGCAACCGGCGCUGCCGAGCGGGGCCAUUGCCAUGCCAGUCACGACACCGCUGGCCGGGUUAAUUCGGUGGUGUGUCCUUUCCUUGCUCAUUACCGAGAAGCAAGAGCUCUACAGCAAGCUGCAUCUGGCGGUUUUGCAAUCUCUGCUUGAAGCGACGCCUCCCGUAACGACACCACCGACUCUGCAACCGAUAAACGCGCAACAUUUAACGCUCAUCGUCAACACGAUUCAGGCCGAGAUGGAGAGCCUUACGAAGCUGGGACAGAGCCUGAACGGAGAGCAACUGCAGAGCUGUUUGGAACGGUUUGCGCAAGCCAUUCAAGUCGGACUCACAUCCCGGUGCGUGUUCGGUAAUGUUACUCAGCUGAUCUUUCGUUUGGAAUCACUGCCCGGCAAAAACAAACUGCUGCAGAUCGUCAUCAAUGCUAACAAAGCGAGUUAACAAACAUCGAACUAAUGGGUACCCUGAUCUUCCUCCUUACCUUACGUCGCAUCAAUGAAGUAAAAAUAAAAACCGUAUCU